AUGAAAAGUCUUCCGGAAAUUAUCACAAUUUUGCUAUACGCAUUGAGCACAGCUGUUGUGAUUAUUCAAGCUGAUGAUCCUUUGAAUCCCAAGGAGCAGAAAGAGAAGGCCACCAAUUUGCCACCAUGUAAGGCCUGUUCAACGUUGGCAGCCUCAUUCAAAUUGGGAAUGGAUAAUACUAGUCGUGGCAAACAUGCUGGUGGUGAUGCUGCCUGGGAGGAAGAGAAACUACGUUCGUACAAAACAAGUGAAGUGCGUUUGGUGGAGAUCCAAGAAAACCUAUGCCGUGAAGUAAGACGAGGUCAAACUCAAUGUCACAAUUUGGCCAAUGAUCAUGAACAUUUGUUGGAAGAAUGGUUUACCCAUAAACAGACAGAGGAACCAGAUGUCCAUAAAUGGUUGUGCAUUGAACAGUUGAAAGUUUGUUGUCCUGAGGGUCAUUUCGGCGCUGAAUGUAAACAAUGUACUGAUUGUCAUGGAAAUGGUAAAUGUAAAGGUGACGGUACCCGCAAAGGUAACGGCAAAUGUAAUUGUGAUGCUGGCUAUGCGGGUGAUGAUUGUAAUCAAUGUGCCAAUGGUUAUUAUGAAGCAUUCCGUGAUGAAAAGAAGUUGUUAUGUUCGGCUUGCCAUAAAUCGUGCACCCAUGAUGGUGGCUGUAAGGGUGCUGGACCAAAAGCUUGUACAAAAUGCAAUGAAGGCUGGCGAUGGGAUGCCACAAAUGGUUGCCAGGAUAUCAAUGAAUGUCUCGACAAUCCAAGAACCUGUCGUCCCAAUCAAUUUUGUGUCAACAAUGAAGGAACAUAUUCAUGUUUAGAAUGUGAUCGUUCAUGUGAGGGAUGCGAUGGUGAUGGUCCGGAUAUGUGUAAAAAAUGUGCCUCCGGUUUUACACUAAAGGAUGGAAAGUGUACUGAUGAUUCGAAUGAGAAACGUGAUCAAUAUGUCAACAUAACACGUUUUCUAACAUAUUUCGGCCUGUGUGUCGCCACCUGUGUUAUAUUCCAAAGUUCAACGCAUAUCGCUUAUAUUGUUGGUGCAGCUGUUGCCAUUUAUAUAGCCGCAUCGGAAUAUUGGCUUAGUUCAGCUCCGGCCGGUGCCAAUAAGCCACAAAUCGAUACAAAACAAUUGGAAGAAAUGCUAAUGAAAUCGUUGUAA